GUUGUUUUGGGAGGAUUGUCCGGAAGACUGAGCUUUUUACUCGGUUUAGUAUAUGGGACGGACUUAUCUAAUAAUUACUGUCAUAAAUAUACAAUGACACACUGUCUAUACUAUAUCUAUCAGUAUCUUCUUCCAUGUCCAUACUAUCCCCCUUUUAUAGGCUACCUACCUCUGUGGACUAGCCAACUUAGAGUUAUCAUCAACUUAAAUUUAAAUACUUACUAACUAGUUUAGUAGUGGCCCAGUGAGCCAAUUCAAUAUUAUAAUAAUAUAAUAUUAAUGAUUAUUAUCGUCAUUUCAUUUUCGUUAUUAAUUAUCUUUUGAUGAUUAUAUAUUAAGUUAGUUAAUUACAGUUAAGUUAGUUAGUACCUUAGUUAGUUAGUAGCUAAAGUAAAGUCUGAAACUGAAGUAAAUUGCCACUCACAGCCGAAAAUACAGCAGUAACUCAGGAACAUUUUAACCUAUUAAUACUAUUGUACUAUUUUUAUCCUUUGCGAAGACAUCAAAAUUUACUGACCUUUGUAAAAUUUUCAUAUUUGAUUGCAUAGUGUAACUGUAACUUAUUAGAAAAGUAGUCUGUAAAACCAGGGAGCAUGCGACACUGUGGAAAGCAUUUACCCCCAUGGCAUGCCAUUUCUUAUAAUCAGGGACAGUGUUUCCCUUUAGUAUUUUAAAAAAUUGAAAAAAUCUCUUUCCCUUAUGUCGUUUUGAUAAAGAUCUCAGAUCAAUAAAUUAAAUCCUCUAAUUAGGCCUACAUGCUAAAGGACUUUGUAACCAUUGGGAUUAAAGAUGAAAGUAACUACUAAAACUGUUAAAAGUAGCCCCCCCCCCACCCUUUCCACCCCAUCCCAAAAAAAUAAAAAUAACAUGUACUCAUACUAGCUAAUUGCAGCCUGAAUUUAUACUUUACCUUGUACAGUGUCACAGGACUAAAGAAAACGUUUAAAAAAUUAAAAGUGGGGCAAUGCUCAUUCUCCCACUUGUUUCAUUUCAAACCAGUUACACUGUGAAAUUCAGUCAUCUCCCACUUCGACCAUGCUGUGUAGACCUAUGUUAUAUUUAAAGAGAUAUUUUUUAAAAUAAAAAAAUAAAAUGACAAAUUUUUUGUAGCCUAUACCUGGAUAAUUUUUUUUUAAAUUUCAUGAAUUUAAGAAUUUAAUUUUAAUGUUUUAGCAGACAGCUGAUAAAAGGAUUAUUCUACAUACUGUUACAGGUGGAAAAUUGGUCCAAAUGAUCAGUGAAAUGUAUCCUCUAAAACAAUUGGUGCCUAACUACUGAUAUGUCAAAUUCAAUUUUGAAGACGUAAGCCCGACAGUGCAAUGGUUAAUCUUUGUUGCGCUAUACAAACUCUACACAAGAACCUAAGACCUUGAAAAACAAUCCUCAGUAUUAUAAGUCUUAGCAACAACACUAAGGAUGGGAAAUGGUAUGAACAAGGUAAGCAGACUUGCACCCAUCUAUACUUUGAGUGCUAUGAAUAUAGUUUUAGAGAAUUAGAACAUUGUUUAUUAAAAAAUAUAUUGUUAAUCUGUAUUAUGAAAUUGUGUUUACUUGCAUACAGAUAUUGCCUGGUCUUUACAUCGGCAACUUCAGAGAUGCCAAGGACAACAAGCAGCUGAAUGACAAUAACAUCACCCACAUUGUUGCCGUUCAUGACAAUGCCAAGAAAAUAAUUGAGGUACACUGAUUGUAUGUUAAACUUGCUGUACACCUCUGGUAAACUUGCUCUCCUAAAAACUUAUAUUACAGCAACUUCUUAGCUUUGUAACAUUUUUUUAAAUCAUGGAAACAGUAAUGAUAUAACAGGCCCCAAUAUAUAUAUAAUCUAACACCUACUUGCAGGAGUUCUCUUAGAAUGUGGAAAAAUCCAUAAAAAAUAUCAGUUUAUCACAAUCUAUCAUUUUAAAAAAUAAUUAAUUACAUUUAAGCAGAUCAAAUUUUAAGUAAGACAGGUCACUAACUUUUAAGUAGAAAUUGAAAUAUAACACCUCAAACCUUAUAUGGUAUAUAUAUUUGCUUUGAAGAUUGUGUGUUAAAUAAAAUGUUAUGCACAUUUCAUAACAAAAUAUGAACCACCCAAAUUAAAACAAACUGAAGUUUUACAUAUUUCUAGUUUUGGUUGUGACUGUCUUUGAUCAGGACAAAGAGUACCUGUGUAUACUAGCCAGUGACUCGCCUGACCAGGAUCUGACCAAGUACUUCCCUCAGGUGAUCAAGUUUAUUCAUAAAGCCAGGCUUGAAGGUGGCUCUGUCUUAGUGCAUUGGUAAGUUGUCUGGGGAAUUUUUCUUUAUUUAUUAAUACCCAUGGAAAUGACUGAUCAUGCAAAAGCCGAUCAUACAGAGCAGAGAUGAGAAGCAGCUGUAGUUUGUAACUCAUAAAAUGUAUUGUUUUUUUAAAUCCUUUAUAUUAACUUUGCUUUGUUUGUGUGUUUCUGUGUUGAAGGCAAAAUCUUCGGAAGGCUAAUUGACCCACUUUCUGUCAUCAUACCAAACUGAAACUUGGCAUAUACUCAUUGCUGAUGACAACACAAUCUUUCAAAUUUUAAUUCCCCCCCCCCCACCCCAUCCCCCACUCCACCCCUAAAAAUAACUGCUUCUUAAUAAGUGAUUAGCCACAUAAAAUGACAUAAAUGCAAAAAAAAAUGCAUAUAACGGAUUUAUCUGAAAGACUUUUGAUUGUGUUAAAAAAACCCACUGAUUGAAACAGGCAUUUUGCCGGAUCCUGGAAUAGAGUCGACGAUGUUCGCAUGAACCUUGCUGUGUGGCAGAGGAACACAUACAAUAGCAACACCGAAUAAUAGUCGCCUCACCCUAAAGAAAAAAUGUCAACCUUUUUACCCGGGUUCAACCUUCAAGCAUGGCGCUUUCAAGCAUGACAGCUUUUUUUUUUUCACUCAUUACUAUUAAAAUAAAACAUGUUGAGUAAGGGAGGGUCGGUUGUGAAAAGGAAGCAGGACACACUAGAGGCAAAAUUCUAAACUAGAGAUUUAUCUAUUUAUUUUUGUAUACUGAAUUAUUGAGGAAUUCUUCAUUGGUAAGAUUGGGAAUAGAAAGUAGGGAUAUCAUAAUAAGGGAAAAUUCCUGUUAAAAGCUGGACAAAAAAAAGUCAGAGAUCAAAAACAUUUUUAAAAUAUUAAUUAAUUCUUAAAUGAAAUGUAGAUAAAAAUGUAACAUUUUUAAAUGGAUGUUAAGUCAUUAUUUCCACAAUUCCAUCCAGCCUAGCUGGUGUAUCCAGAAGUGUGACACUGACAGCUGCCUACAUCAUGACUGUGACAGACCUGGGCUGGAGGGACUCACUUAAUGCCAUACGUGGGGCUCGCAGUGUGGCCAAUCCUAAUUUCGGCUUCCAGAAACAACUGCAGAAUUAUGAAAAUGAACAUUUAGAAGAGGUACUAAUUCAAAGAAUUUUAGGGUUUAGCAAUUUAGUUUCUAACAUCCCCUCCCACUUUUCUUUUGUGUGUGUGUGUGUCUUCUCUUGAAGAAACAAUAAUUCACAUCACCAGCAUAAGAACAGAUAAAAUACUUACUAAAAAAUAACAUCUGUUAUUUACUAUUAGCUUAAAUGUAUGUGGAAUAUAAGCAGUUGAUAUUGAAAAAGUAGAAUGUUUCACUGCAGGUCUGUAUUUAUAAUCCAGAUGUGACUGGUAUUCCAAAACCUUGAGAUUUUGAUUAAAGCUUUUAUUUAAAUUUUUUUUUUUUUUUUUCAGGAAAGGAAGAAGCUGAAAGCAAUGUUCCCAACUAAUCCCUUUAACGAUGAGGAAGAAUGCCGCAUAAAUCUCCACUGCUUUCAAGAGUACAUCAUGACGGGAACACUGCCGUCUCGGUCUAAUGACCUCUACCCCUUGCCACACAGAGCGUAUCAAGGACAGGUAAAAAAGGAAGAACUCAAGAAGAGUCAAUUAGAAAAGGUAGACAAUAGCAUUUCUCGGAGCCUGCACCGCCACAACCGUGUUCGCCGGAAGCAUGCAAUAGGCAAACUAGUGGAUAAAAUAGAUGCAAGUAUUUCAGAGAUUUGA